CGCGGAUUCAUGCGUAUCCUCCUCACAGACAAUGGCGGGAAAAAACACACCUCAUCAUCCUAUGCAGGGGCUCCUAUUGGCUGGCCUGGACAGGAGACCCCAGGGUGUAUGUGGGAGAGGACCUCCAUCCCCCUCACCAGUGACUGGCCAGAGCACUCCCUGUUGUUUAUCGCUUCGCACCGCCCACCUGUUGCCAGCUCACACUCGCCAUGGGAUACGCAUCGCUCGAACCUCAUUUGCCUUCGUCGCAUGCACCUCUGUUGCCGCCAGGGAUCUUCCUCUCCAUCUCCGACACACAGGCCUCGGACGGGAACUUUCUGCUCCACCACUUUAUCUCAAAUUACAUCAAGGCUGAUCACAAUGUCAUCCUCGUCGGUCUCGCAGGGAUCCUGGUCCAUUAUACCAUGGUCGGACGUAAACUUGGUGUCAACCUAACGGCAGCAAGGACAAAGGGCAACUUUCACUUUGUGGAUGGAUUGACGCAGCUUACGGACUAUGCUGUACCCAACAAAGAGUUCCUUCCAAAAGCGGCCGAAACGAAACCGUCAACAGAGGCAACAUCUACAUCGGUAUCAACCACAACAUCAAGCCCAACAUCAACGAUAUCAAGGCCGCCAACAGCGGCAUCAGCAGCAACAACUACACCAGCGGCACUUCCUAUAGUAUUGAGUUAUAGCCCAAAGUUAUCCGACUUCUACAGAGCCCUGGAGGAUCUCAUCAAUUACACCGUCUCAAAGAGCAAUGGCAAUGGACAAGGAAAGCAACUUUGCUUGAUCUUGGACGAUCUUUCUGUUUUGUUGAACUGCGGAUGGCCAUGUCGGGAUGUACUCGCCCUUGUCCGGUACCUGAAGCUCCUUGUCGCCAAGGUCAACGGAAGUCUUAUUACACUUGUACACGCGGAUGCAGUCCUGGCAGAGGAGGUCAGCCAGGAUGGUCUUGUCAAGGGCGUGUUUUACGAGGCAGACUAUAUUAUCGACGUCCGAGGCCUUGAUAGUGGUGGAUCUAGGGACGUCCACGGCCAGCUUUCGCUUUUGCAUGGUCCUGGAUAUCUGCUUCGACAGCGCGCUGGAGAAGUCAAGGAGAACGAAUGGCCGGCAUUAACAUUACACUACAAGAUUUUGGAUAACAACGUCGAGGUCUUUGCCAAAGGCUACUCUUUAGGCGUGCUGUAGAACUUGGUAUCAUGUAAUAAAAAAAGAAAGAAUCGAAGGUACAGUGACUCAAUCUUUCUCAUGGCUCUUAUGGUCGAAGACUUUUGUUUGCUCCUUCAUCGUUCAUUCUUUUAUAU